AUGGAUACGACGAUGCUGAAUUUGCGGAAUCUGUUUGAGCAGCUUGUACGCCGUGUGGAGAUUCUCAGUGAAGGAAAUGAACUCCAAUUCAUCCAGUUGGCAAAAGACUUUGAAGAUUUCCGUAAAAAGUGGCAGAGAACAGACCAUGAGCUGGGGAAGUACAAGGAUCUUUUGAUGAAAGCAGAGACUGAGCGUAGUGCGCUGGAUGUUAAGCUGAAGCACGCACGCAAUCAGGUGGAUGUCGAGAUCAAACGGAGACAGCGAGCUGAGGCUGACUGUGAGAAGCUGGAAAGACAGAUUCAGCUGAUUCGAGAGAUGCUCAUGUGUGACACAUCUGGCAGCAUUCAACUAAGUGAGGAGCAAAAAUCAGCUCUGGCUUUUCUCAACAGGGGCCAACCAUCCAGCGGCAAUGCUGGGAACAAAAGAUUGUCAACUAUUGACGAAUCUGGUUCCAUUUUAUCAGAUAUCAGCUUUGACAAGACUGAUGAAUCGCUGGAUUGGGAUUCUUCUUUGGUAAAGACUUUCAAACUGAAGAAGAGAGAAAAGAGGCGUUCUAGUAGCCGACAAUUCAUUGAUGGUCCCCCUGGACCUGUAAAGAAGACUCGUUCCAUUGGCUCCACAGUAGACCAGGGGAAUGAAUCCAUAGUUGCAAAAACUACAGUGACUGUUCCCAAUGAUGGCGGGCCCAUUGAAGCUGUGUCUACAAUUGAGACUGUGCCAUAUUGGACGAGAAGCCGAAGGAAAACAGGUACCUUACAACCUUGGAACAGCGACUCUACCUUGAGCAGCAGGCAGCUGGAGCCAAGAACGGAGACAGACAGUUCCGGCACUCCACAGAAUAAUGGAGGGAUGCGCCUGCAUGACUUUGUCUCUAAGACGGUUAUUAAACCUGAAUCUUGUGUUCCAUGUGGAAAGCGGAUAAAGUUUGGCAAGCUGUCUCUGAAGUGUCGAGAUUGUCGUGUGGUCUCUCAUCCAGAAUGUCGGGACCGCUGUCCCCUUCCCUGCAUUCCUACCCUGAUAGGAACACCUGUCAAGAUUGGAGAGGGAAUCCUGGCAGAUUAUGUGUCCCAGACUUCUCCAAUGAUUCCCUCCAUUGUUGUCCAUUGCGUAAAUGAGAUUGAGCAGAGAGGGCUGACAGAGACAGGCCUGUAUCGGAUCUCUGGCUGUGACCGGACAGUAAAAGAGCUAAAAGAGAAAUUCCUCAGAGUGAAAACUGUACCCCUCCUCAGCAAAGUGGAUGAUAUCCAUGCUAUCUGUAGCCUCCUGAAGGACUUCCUUCGAAAUCUCAAAGAACCCCUUCUGACCUUUCGGCUAAACAAGACUUUCAUGGAAGCAGCAGAAAUCCCAGAUGAGGACAACAGCAAAGCUGCCAUGUACCAGGCUAUUGGUGACCUGCCCCAGGCCAACAGAGACACAUUAGCUUUCCUUAUGAUUCACUUGCAGAGAGUGGCUCAGAGCCCAAAUACUAAAAUGGAUGUGGCUAAUCUGGCUAAAAUCUUUGGGCCUACCAUAGUUGCCCAUGCUGUGCCUAAUCCAGAUCCAGUGGUAAUGUUGCAGGACAUCAAACGUCAGCCCAAGGUAGACAAGUGCAUUUUUAAAGUGAGUUUACUGGGGCCCGUGACCACUCCUGAGCAUCAGCUUCUCAAGACUCCUUCAUCUAGUUCCCUGUCGCAGAGAGUCCGCUCCACCCUCACCAAGAACACGCCCAGAUUUGGGAGCAAAAGCAAAUCUGCCACCAACUUAGGACGACAAGGCAACUUUUUUGCUUCUCCAAUGCUCAAGUGA